UUCAGGAUCCCCGGGACAGAGACCUGGCAGGACAGCUCGGCCGGGUCGUCUUCCGCCUGGAGCUGCGCUCGUCCCGGGCGGCCGGGUGCGCCGCCCAGGACGGGACUGCGGUUGAAAACGCUUGAAAGGCGGUUGUUGUGGCGGCGGAUUUUGGACUUAGCGGGCUGCCGGACUCCCGUGCUCUCUGUGGAGCGCACGGUGCUGACCGAGUUGUUGGACCUGGGACAGAAACAGAAGAUAAGUCUUUGUGGCAAAUGAGUUGAGACACAGAGGAGGUGUCAGACUCCUAAAAUAAGUUGAGGAAUGUACACCAGGAGUUGGGACACUCCCCUCCCUGUCACAUAUACUUUUACACCAUUUAAGUUCAAGCCAACCACUUCCUGUGGUUCUAGUGUCCUGUCAGACAGUAUCAGACAGUAUUAGACACUUUUACAUUCUACUUUCACUUUAGUGAAGCACCUGUAGGAGCAAUACAGCCAUACAGUACUAGUACUAGUACUAGUACUAGUACUAGUACUAGUACUAGUACACAGGCCCGAUCGUAUUCCAGUGGCUUACUGUGUUGAUCCAUUGCUGGCUUUCCGGCCCAGUUGGACCAGUCUCUUCUUGGGGGAGCGGAUCAACAAAGCCACUCCAGCUUGUUUAUUGCCGUGGCCGCUCCUUUCCUCGCCAAUCAUCUUCCUUCAGCAAAGUCCCUGGAAGCUUCCAGCAGCAUUAUCAUCCAAAAUGUCCCACGAAGACAACAUGACCAAGGACAACUAUCCCUCCUGGCUGGCACGAGACGGGCUAGCUUGAUGACGACACACUCACGGAUGUAAUAACUUUAGAACUUUUCCUCACAGGGGAGAUCAUUGUGGAAGACCCGGGCUGGGACGGGCUGGUCUCGAAAGGGGUCCGGUCUAGAAGAAGACCACUGAUGACUGGACUCAACCUGCCGCCGCCUCGAGACAGAAGCCCUUUGGUAACGUCACCGCAGCAUCACGCGCACGAGCUCGCGAGGAGGCGGGAAGAAAUUGGCACACGCACGCGCGAGUCGUGCUGGUCAUAACGUUGAUUUAAAAUGAAGGAUGUAAAUAUGAUUGAGCUGCCGUGUGUGGGUGCUUUUGUAAAAUGUUAGUUCUUGUGUGUCUCAUGUGACGCUUUUGACUUUUUCACUGUUAAUGUUUCACUUUAAUGUUGGUUUUAGGGUUAGGGUUAUAGCGACAUCCAGUGGUCAGCAAGGGUAACUGCCAAAGCCCAGGGACAUUCAGUAAAAACUGUUUUUGUGCCUCCAUGUCGACACGCAGCGUAUGUCAUCUCUGUCUGGCAUUCCCUUUCCGACUCACGACUUCAUAGUGACGGUUAGAUGAAUAAUGACAUGAUAAACUAAAUAAGUACAUAUCCACUCGCUAAGCGCGCAGGGCGCCGCUGGUGUAGUGGUAUCAUGCAAGAUUCCCAUUCUUGCGACCCGGGUUCGAUUCCCGGGCGGCGCAACUUUUUACAGACCAGUACUUUAAACGUUGUCAGACUUAAUAAAGUGUUAAAUUAGCAUGCUAGCUGUGGCGAAGGCCCGGUACACACGCUAGCCAUGUUAUUAUGCGGCUACGUGUCAUACUAAGUUUGGAAACGCCUUGUCGACGUUGAAUGAGAUCUGCACGUGUACCAGUUUUGAAAACCGGAAGUGACUCAUGUGGUUAAACGAGGCAGAGUUUGUGUGUGUGUGCGUGUGCGCGUGUCCUUUAUUGAGGAGCAUGAACUUGUUGCAGAGCUCCUGCUCGGUGCCAAACAUGUUGGGAUCCUAACCAGGCUUGGGUGAGCUUCAGCAGGAAGUUGGCAGCGUCGUGUCGCCAGCAUGGAGGCCAUUGGAAAGUACGACUUCACGGCGUCCAUGUCGGGCGAGCUGAGCUUCAAGAAGGACGAUGUUAUGAAGAUCUUAAGCACGCAGGGCGACUGGUUGAAGGCCGAGAUGGACGCCCAGGAAGGCUUGGUGCCAAAGAACUACAUCGCCAUGCGGACGCCCAGUUGGUUCCAGGAGAACGCCACUCGCGACACAGCGGAACAGUUCCUGAGCGCCAAAGACAUGGGACACUUUGUGAUCCGAGGAUGCCAAAGUUCACCCGGAAACUUCUCCAUCUCCGUCAAACACAAGAGCGAUGUGCAGCACUUCAAAGUCAUGCGGGACCGCCGAGGCCACUACUUCCUGUGGUCCGAGAUGUUCACCUCGCUCAACAAGCUGGUGGACUUCUACAAGACCACGUCCAUCUCCAAGACCACCCAGAUCUACCUCAUGGACGCAGGGAGCCCCCCCGCCGCACGCUCGAUGACGAGAGGAAGUUUACCUGAGACGCCCAGCUCAGCCCCCACGACGACGACCGCCGCCCCGAGCAGACCCUCGGAUCAGCCUCGCCACCAAGCGGUACAAGCAGAACGGGACACGUCCGCCAUGUUGGGGCUUGAAGGUCAUGGUGUCGUUCUGCAGGCCCAGGUGCUGCGUCUGGAGGAACGGGCUCAGUGUGUGGUCCAAACGGGAAGAAGCGGUCCCGUCGGUGCUGACGUCACACAUCCGGCCCAGGUGAGGGCCGUGUACGACUUCACCGCCGAGGAAGACGACGAGUUGGGUUUCUGCGCCGGUGACAUCAUCGAGGUGCUGGACAGAUCGGACCCGUCAUGGUGGAGAGGACGGAUGAGGGACAAGAGCGGCUUGUUUCCCGCCAACUACACCAAACAGCUGGGCACAGGCCACGCCCCCAAGACAUACAGUCACUGACUUCACAAUAAGUGCUGUCUUUCACAACAUGGCCGAUCAAUCCAAGUCAGCCAUGUUGUCUUACGUACAGCCAUGUUGUCUUACGUACAGCCAUGUUGUCUUACGUACAGCCAUGUUGUCUUACGUACAGCCAUGUUGUCUUACGUACAGCCAUGUUGUCUUACAGUCUUGUAUUUUGAUGAAUAUAUUGACGAGGAUGACUAUGGAGGGAGUAGUGGUAGUAGUAUUAGUAGUAGUAGUACUAGUAGUAGUGCUACAGCUUUUUAGUGAUUGGUGUGAUUGACAGCUGCUUGUCACGUGGAAGACGAGAAAGCAGAGAAAGAGAAGUUAGUGUCUUCCGUUGGACCAGCACUACAACAACAAAAGUACACGUGAAGCUUUCAAGGUCUGGCUGUUGUCGGGUCCUGUUGCCAUGGUUACGCAACAGCACAAUGGAAACGCCACCUUGAGAGAAGAGAGGCUGCCAAGGACGGCCACGGACUUGUUAGCCUGCUAGCUUUAGCACUCUCCUCAGGUGCUAACUUCCUUCCUGUCACGCUGUCGGCAAAGAAGAUGAAAUCCACAUCCCUUUAAUCGGCCUGCUGUUGAUCAGCUGCUUGGAGGAAGCCAUCUGCUCCACCAGGGUGAAGACCAGGAUGAAGGAUUUGGAUGUUUCUUGACAUUCUUCUACUUCCUGAUGAUCCUGAUGAGUUGUGUUUGUGCUGGACCUGCUGGACCUGCUGGACCUGCUGCACCAGCCCAGUUGCUUUCAGCUUGAGCUCCCCCGCAGGUGGACAGUCUCCUUCAGCGUGACAGCGAGUCCUCCAGGUCCCGAAGCCCCAGACCAUCACACUACCACCACCACAUUGGACCUUCCUAAGGCAAGUCAAGCCUGUUGUUUUUUGGAUGCUGUUGUGGGGUCUUUUGUGACCACGCCGAUGAGUUGUGGCUGCGCUCUUUGGGUCGUUUUGAUUGUCUGGCUCUCACUGUGGUUGGCUGGAGUCCCAACGCUUUAAAAAUGGCUUUAGAACCUCUUCCACACUGAUUGAUAGUUACAUAUGUUUUAGGGGCGUCCCGUCUCGUCCCUUUUGUAGAGUUUGGAAUUAAUAAAAGUACAAAUAUUUUUGCAAUAUUUCCAUUUAUUUGAUGAAAAAGGAAAUGAAAACGGGGGCAACCACUCUUU